AGCGUCAUUUCCUUCUGAAAGCAAAGCGCCGCCGAAAGUUCCGUUAACGUAGUAUAACUUAGAAAAAUACAUUUCUUUACUGGUACUCUUUUACAUAUCAGUUACACAUUCUAACGUGUUUGUAUUUCUUUGUUUUCGCUCUUCAUUCUCAGGUUAAUUCAAACAAGUUGCGCAUGCGCGUUAACGUCUGCGUCAGUAACGACAUGGAUUCAGAGGCCUGUGCUGCAGAUGUAAACAAUACACAUGCAAAGAUUAUCUGCCAGCAGCAUGGACAAAAUAUGUAUGAUUCAGAGGCUGGCAGACCGUACACAGAUCUUGACAGUGAUGGAAGACCAUUUAGUAACACUCAGGAUUCAAGCAUGCAGCCACUCAUAGACAGAUCUGAGACUUUACAACUAGAGUUUCAGGAUAGCCAGGUGUCUCCUGCGCUUACCCUGCUUCCCUGCCUGGACAAAUCUCACCUUCUUUCUGACUCCACCUUUUUUCAGCAUACAGAUGCAGAAUUUGUCCCUCUUCGAGGAUUUCCUGACUUCUCAGUUAUGUCUGAGAGAUGCCCCAGGAAUUCAAAUGUAGCUUUAACUGAUGGUUCCCGCCUCCAAAAUAUUAUUUAUGAUCAGACUGCACUUUCCCAGCACCAGUUGGAGGUACCAACAGGCCUGUCAGAAGGUGAAAAAAGCUGCUGUUCACUGUCCCAGCACAGCCUGUCACCUGGAUACCAUUGCAAAGGGCUUGAGGACCACGGGAGUGUUUCAUAUGGUGCUGAGGACAAAAACAACAGACAUAUGGAAGGAGAGUUGGACCUCUUACAUUUGGGUAUCGACCAAUCACCUUCAACAAUCUUAAAUCCAUUUACUCGUCGAGGACCAAUCAGAGAGCCUGAAUUUUCUCCUACUGACUUAUGUACCGUCAAAAGCUCUAUAGGAACACCAACUAAAAGUACACAGCUGUCUGAAGUUGACAGCAUUCAGAAGAAGACAUUCUCCAGUUCUAGUCAGCUCUCAGCUGACUCUAGUGCUUCUGUCUCACACCGAUCGUCAGUGCAUGAGCAAGGGCAACCAGUCAGUGACAGAUCUGUGAAGAAGAUAAUCAGCCAGCCGGAUACUCUACCAAGACUUCAUUCAACUUUAAAUCCUUCAUCAAGCUUACAGCAUUCUGAUGCUCCACAAUGUGAAGGAAGCUUUGGCCUUCUAAAACAAAUCAGCCCAAAAGCUCUGCCUACUCCAGGUCCCAGAGAAGUGGCAAAUGAGGAGGAUGACUCUUAUGUAGGCUCUGGCACACUGCAUGAAAUCAGACACCUGCUGGGCCGGACAGAAAGCCUUGUUUCUGGUCGAUCCUCUCUGACUUCCUCCCACCGCCUCUCAGAGAGUGACACAUGCCUUGUUACACUAGGACAAAACAUUCAUGAUGAUAUAUCUCUGUCAGCUGGUGGAAACCUUUCUUUGCUUCUAAAUCAUUCUUCAUCAGAUUCAGCUUUGAAAGGAAGCUUGUCAUCCUCUCAAGGACCUCAACAAAAUGACCUCACAACUAUAGAGUCUACCACUCUCUCUUUGAGCAGAGAUGAAAGUUUGAAGUCAUGUGACCUCUGUGUGACCCCAAAGCGGGCUGAGCCUGAGGGCUGCAGUGCUGCAGACCCAGAUAAAGGAAAGCCACCUACAGCCACAUCUGCCAUGCAGAUAAAUGUUCCUUUGAUACCAGGGAACCGUCUGCAGAACCAGGACCAGACUGAGGAUGCUUCGAUUGGCUCUUCUGGGAAUAGUCCGUCCCAUGUCUCAGCUGAGGUUGAAAGUAUGAGUGACAGUAGCAGCGAGACUUCAUUGGCUGCCAGUGUUGCCAAACUCCUGCAGAGUGAGUCACCUGUUUCUACGGUUACAAGCCUGCCAAGCACCAGUGACCCAGAAGAUAGCCAUGCCCGAGAAUGGAUCCUAAUGAAGGUUUCUGGCCGCCGAUGUGAAAGCUUAGAACUAAACGCUGAGGACAGAGAGAGAGUUGAAGACAUCAAAAGAGAACUUCUACUGAACACCAAAUACACCAAGUGGAGCUCAGAUUCUGAAGGCAGUACUCAGUCGAGUGUUGGUGUUGAAUCUCAGCUGACAAAGGGCUUUGUUGGACUGCGUAACAUGGAGAAUCAUAACUCAGAUCAGGUGCAGAAAGUUGAUCCAAAACCUUUGGUCAAAGUUCCAUUUUACACACCUGUACAAGAGGAUCUAGAGGCCAAAGUUCACCAGAUCGCCAUUAGAGAGGGGCUCACCUCCCAGCCUUUUACUUCUAUUACUAUCGCAACCACUCGCUGCACUCUGUCUCCUCAGUCAAAGUCAUAUUUACCUAUCACCGCUACUGAGGAAUUGGACAAUACUGUUCCUGACCAUGAGACUCUAGAGAGCGCAUAUCAAAUGAGACAUCAGCCAGCUGUUAUACCUAAUGUAUCUGGCAGAGAAAAAGAGACGGCGAGAGAAGAAAUGACUGAUGACAACAAAGAAAACAUUGUUACGAAUGAUCCCCAGAGUAACCAAAUAAUACCUCACAUGGACUAUACUGUCACAGGCUGUAACCAGAUAUUAUUCAGUGCUGCGUCGGGCUCAACCUUUGGUAAGGAGUCCCACCUCUCUCACACUCACGUCAGCUUAUCACCCAAAUCCAAACACCAGUCCAAUCCAAAUUAUUUAAGCAGACUACCCAGUCAGAACACUAGUAAAGAUGUCCCACCUCCCUUGGUGUCAGGCAUGACUGAUGAACAUCUGCAGUCCAUACAUCGAAUCUUAACAUCAAAUCAUGCAGGAUCAUAUGAACACAGAGAGCCAGUUCAAGGCCAGGAUGCAGGAAUAGUCCAUGCACACUUUCAGGGCAGAUACCCACAAACCUUUGCUCCCUCUCAGAGGCUGGCUGGGACAUCAAGAACUCUCUCUGUUCAAGCAGCUGUCCCUGCCCUGUUGCCAUACAGACCUCAUGGGAGCUCCAAGCUGUUCUUCAUCCCACAAGCUGAUCCAGAGCUUUCUCUUGGUGACUCUGACACAACUGUUGAAAGCUCUCACUCGGGUUCUGAUGAUGCUGUCCCUCCACACUUUAAUACAGACAUUUUAGGCUCUAGAGAGCUAGAAGACAAUAUAAUUACACAAAAGCACAUGCAAGGCAUCUACAGUAGGAGUCCCAAUAUGAAGAGAGAAGAACAUGGACACUGUUGCCAUAGAUGAGGAGUAUAAAGAUGAGAAAGACAAUUUUGUCCCCUUACACAUGGAGGCAGACUACAGUACAGAUGAUGUGCAUCUUCACAGCAGCACCCUGCAGGAGCCCAAGUUUCCACUAGAACCACACCAUUUACCUUCUCAGCCAAUCA